GCUAUUAAAAUGUAUUUAUGUUUUACUAGCGUCCUCCUUUAGAAAGCAUUAAAAUUAAGUGCACAACUGUCAAAACCUUCAACCUGCGACUAAUUUCGUAGUAUUUGUGUGCGGGAGCGGCCAAUUUCAUUUCUCACCGAUUUUUCAUGCGACUCGGUUAAUUUAUUUUUGUUAAUUUAGUUUUCACACCAACUACUCUUUCGAAAUGGAUCUCAACUUAUCCGUGUUUCAAGAGCCUCGGGGCGUUAUGCGUAUAUUUCAUUUCGUGUUCGCGAUUGUAGCCUUCGCCACUACCGUCGACUUCUCCAAGUCGAUAAUGGUUAAUUGUGAUGGAAACGAAAAUGAAUUUAUAAUUGAUUAUCCUUUUGAUGUGACCGAAGAAAAAUUUUUUGCUAACUGUACUGUUACACUUUAUGGAAAUUUUUCAUCUGAUGCGAAAUUUUACGUUUGUACCGGGGUUUUAUCCAUGCUUUAUGCUGCUGCUAUAUUAGUGAUUUAUACUAAGUUUGACCAAAUGUAUAGGGAUAAUGAGAAUUUACCACUUAUUGAUUUUAUUUUAUCAGUUAUAUUAUCAAUCUUUUGGUUAUCAAGUAGUGCAGCUUGGGCUAAUGGAUUAUCUGGUUUAAAAAGUGCUGUAGGAAAUUUAAAUAUAAUGGAAGGUUGUCAUUGCACGUCUUCAGGAAUAGGAUUCUCUUCAUUAAACAUAUCCAUAGUGGUAGGAUUUUUAAAUUUCUUCCUUUGGGCUUCGAAUUUGUGGUUCCUGUACAAGGAGACGAAAUGGUUCCAAAAACCGGUACCCUCUUCCCCUGCUAUUUAAAGAGGACGCACAACAAAUGCAGGAUGAAAUAGUUUUAUCACCUAGUCACCCCUUUUAGGCUUUACCAUCUUUAAUUAUGUAUAUAAACCAUUGGCUACUAGGAUAUUUGAUAUCCUUAGAAAUAAUCGAGGGUAGCUAAGGUUCAUUCUGAUAUAUUUUCCAUCAUUAAGUAGGUAUAUUUCGCAUGCGCAAUCAAUACUUUUUAAGAGCUAUUCUUAAAGCGCACGCCGAAUUUGGUUUGAGAAAAACAACUUAAUUUUUAUUAUUAUUUCUAUAUAUUUUUUUUUUUUUAAUAAUAAUUUUUAUUUUUUUAAUAUUUUUCUAAAUGAUUUACAAAAAGAAAUAUAUUUAAAAUAAAAUAUGUAUAACUCUGUAAAUAAGAUUACAAAAACCUUGUUAGUAUUUUUCUGAUAAGUAUUUUUUGAUUAAUAAUGGGCGAACCCAUCUUGUUUAUUAUGUUAUAAUUUACUUAAAAUAAGUAUUAUUCUUUUUUGUUUUUUGUGUACCAAUUACACAAGUUAAUGCCAAAUAAAAUAUUAACAAAUGUA